UCACGUUUCGGUUUAGUAUGUUUUUCUCUAGAUCGUCUGAGCUUUUUAUUUUUGCUGGGAAACUUCACAAUUUUUUAAUUUUAAAAAUUAAUAUCUAGCGCACUGCAAUGGCUGCUACUGCUAUUAAUCCAUAUUCUACAUUGCAGAUUGAAUUAUUAAAUAUUUAACAUCGACACAUUAUAUUGCAUAUUAUUUCGUCUUAAUCAUAACUAUUCAGUAGAUUUGGGUAAAAAUGGAAGAAAGAAGAGUUGUUGACUACUUUGUGGUUGUUGGUGCAUCCGAUGAACAAUCUCAAGAUGAUAUUAAUUCGACACAUUUAAAGCAAAGUUUAUGUUCGGACUUACCACCAAUUACUGAUCUAGCAAUAGUUUUUCCAUCGCUUGGUGAAAAAGUACCAUCUGGUUAUACUCUUAUAGAAAAUACUCAAUCUGGAUUAGUGGCAGAUUUAAAUCAUGGGAGUCUUAGAAGUCCAGAAGUAUUCUUAUGUUACCAACGUGGACGCGAUAAACCUCCUAUUGUUGACAUUGGUAUUAUGUAUGAUGGCAAAGAAAGAGUAUUACAAGAUGCUCAAAUAUUAAAAACUAGUGUUAGUGGUCAAAUUGCAAAUAUAAAUAACUCUACGUCCCCACGUACAUUUAUAACCUAUCGAAGAGCAUCUCCUACUGCACCAUGUAAUAUUUUAGCUGUAUCUCAUAUAUGUGUGGUUAUAACCAGUCGUGGUGAAACACCACCACAUGCAUUUUGUCUUAUUCAUAAAAACCUCAAUAAAGGAAUGGUUGGAUCAGAUGUUUAUUUAUGUUACAAAAAAUCUGUUAUGAAACCCAAAUCUAUAACUUAUAAACCAGUUAUCACUGAUCGAUAUCCUAAAUCUGAUAGAAGUUACUUUCAUCUUCUACCUUCAGUAGCUCUAUUUUGUUUACCAAUGGGAGCUACCCUUGAAGCAUGGCCAGUUGAAGCGUGUCAGCCCGAUCCUAUAUUCUCAACAUUUGUUUUAACUGUUAGUGAUGCUUCAGAGAAAGUUUAUGGUGCUGCAAUUACUUUUUAUGAAAAAUAUAAUAAAAAUCUUACUAUUGAACAACAAAAAUUAUUAGGCUUAAAAGAUUCUAUAGAAUUAAAAAAAGGAAUUAGUUUACAUGCUAAUAAAAGUGUGUGUGUUCUGUCACACUGGCCUUUUUUUGAUACUUUUGAAAAAUUCUUAUUAUUUUUAUUUAAUUCUUCACUCAAUGAUCAAAUACCUAUACCUAUUGAAAGAUAUAUCACUCAUUUAGUGGACGAAGUACCAUUUCCUUCACCAGAAAGACCACAAAUACUUGUACAAUUAUCUAUGGACACUCAACUUAUAUUAACUCAACCAGAAGAUCUACCUAUUCCUAGAAGUGGUGCUGGAUUUCAUCAAAUGAUAAUGAAUUUACAUCCUGAUAAUUGUCUUCUGUUACUUCUAUGUGCCUUGACAGAACAGAAACUUCUCAUUCAUUCUUUAAGGCCUGAUGUACUUACAGCAGUAGCAGAAGCUGUUUCAACACUUAUAUUUCCAUUUAAAUGGCAGUGUCCGUAUAUUCCAUUAUGUCCACUUAGCUUAGCUGAAGUUUUACAUGCUCCAUUACCAUUUUUGAUUGGAGUUGAUUCAAGAUUUUUUGAUUUAUAUGAGCCUCCUACUGAUGUAACUUGUGUUGAUUUGGAUACUAAUACUGUUACUCUUUGUGAAGAUAAAAAACAUUUAACAGCAAAACUACUUCCUAAAAAACCAACAAGAAUUUUGAAAAAUUCUUUAGAAAAGCUUUAUAAAAAACUUGAUGAUCUCCAAAGAACUUAUAAAGCAACAAAUAACCAAAGUUUUCAAGAAACUAAUAUUGACCGAGAUUUUUUAAUGAAACGAAAAGAGCAUGAAAUUGAAUUAGAAAUCCAAGAAGCUUUUCUGCGUUUUAUGGGAUCUAUAUUAAAAGGUUACCGAUGGUAUCUAAAACCAAUCACUAAAGCACCUACAGUUGGUGCUACAGAUACAAUUUCUUUAUUUGAUUUACAAGGUUUUCUUAAAUCUAGAGAUAAAAACAAUUUAAAAUUUUACUCACUUUUAACAAAAACUCAAAUAUUUAUAAGAUUUAUUGAAGAACGAUCAUUUGUGUCAAAUAUGGAUGCUGCCUUAGAAUUUUUUGAUGAGUGUUCUGAAAAAAUUGAUUUAGAGAACUAUGAUACAAGACUGAUUGAACUUGACUCUUGUGGUGAAAGUGAACGAACUGUGUUUAUAAUGCCUCCAGAAAUGACUGAUUUGCCCUGUGAUUCUAUGUAUUCUUAUAAAGAUGGGUUUAUUUUAAAUUCCGAUUUAUUAAAGUGUAAAGAAUCAAAAAGUCAUCUUAAAGUUAAAAAUUAUGAUCAUCUACCAAUUCCAGGCAGUCCAAUGGCUAGACGUACUAAACAUGAAGUUAAAUCAGCGCAAAAAUUAGCUCGUAAAUAUUCUACGUCUCCUGGUCUUUGGGCUAAAUUUUUACUAGGAACUUGCUAUAGUUUGUGGUUUAUUCACUUGCCUAGUCAUAUUCUCCAAUCAGAAGAUCGUGCUGCAUCUACUUUACGUUCAGCAUAUGAAUUAUUAAAUAAAUUUCAAAAAACUGGUGUCCAUCUAUUAACUGAUGAGGUUUGCUACAGGGUAAUGAUGCAGUUAUGUGGAAUAUAUAAUCAACCAAUGCUAGCUGUAAAACUGUUACUCGUUAUGAAACGUUGUGGUCUUCACCCAAAUGCUAUAACUUAUGGUUUUUAUAACAGAGCUUUAUUAGAAUCUACUUGGCCUUCUGAUUUAAGAACACCUAGUCAAUUACUCUGGAAAAAACUUAGAAAUGUUGUAUUAAGCGCAGCAUUAUUUAAUAAAGCUGGUGCUCAAAACAGAAAACGGAGAAACUCUGAUGAGGAUAAAACUUCACAUACUUCAUUAGAAAGUUUGUCAACAGUUGAAAAAUUACCUUCAGUAUCAAAUACUCCUAGGAAAUUAUCAAUAAAUGUAGAAUCCAAUUUUGGGUUGAGGAGUCGUCCUACAAACAUUGUCAAACAAAUGUCCUUAUCUACAGAAGAUGAUCAGUCUUGGAGUUCACAACAAUUUGAAAGCAGUGCUGGUCUUUUAAUGACAACUACAUGUUCUAGACCAAACUCAGCCUGUUCAAAGCAAAAUAGUGAUUCAAUAUCUAUUGAAAGUGAUUCUGAUUUAAAAAGAGGUCGUAGUGGAUCUCUUACUGAUGAAGUUCGUUCUCAAAUGUCUCCAAGAAGACAUCAUUAUCAUCAUACAUUACAUAAUUCAUCCAAUGAUUCAUCAUCUGAAUUAUUGAAAUUAUUAAAACGAUCAAAAAGUUUUGGUAAUGAUGCUCAAAUUUUGAAAAAUCUUAAAGAUCUCAAAUACCAAACUCAGUUUAAAAAAACCAAUGGCAUAUCUAAGAAACUUGUUUUUGAUGAUCUAAAGUCCUUUGAGUCUUCUUUAGAAAAUUUAAAUGAAGAAAAUACCCCUAGUCGAUUUGCUGAACCAGCUCAACGUACACCUGUAUUUGAAAAUGAUCCUUUGGGGGCAUUUCAAGAACCUUUAGAACCUACCCCUAAACCAUCGGUUACUGUUCCUCGAGUACGAUCAGGUAUUGAACUUGAUCGUAGUGGCUCACCUGUAUUAUUUCAAGAAUGGGGUAGUAUGCAUCGCAGUGCUACAUAUAGUGAAGAUGUAGGUAAAGUUGACAAACACCUGCAGAGAUCCUCCACCUUGCCAACCCACGGAGCUACCGAACAAGAUUACCAACAGAGUCCAAUCAAGUCUGCUUUAGGAUCAGCCUUUAAAAUACCAUUUUCUCAAUAUACUCCAACAAAAUUUUCGUUACCACGUAAGUCUGACUUCCGUAUGGGUUCGAACAUUAUUGAAAAUGCAUUCACCAAUCUCAGCUCAUCAAGUUUUUCUGGAAAAAAAUCAAAUGAGCUUCUCAUGGGUGGUUUGACUAGUUUAAAGAGUGCAGCAAAUACUGUAGUGAAAAAGUUUGAUGAAAUUAAAGAAGCAAUAUCGACAAAUAAUACACCUAUAAAAGAUUAUGUCCAAUGUCAAAGGGAAGAAGAAAACUGGACUGGAGAUGACCAUGAUCAACAGUCUAAUAAUGAACCGAGCGUUAGACGUAAAAUAUCUAGUGAAAUAUCUAAUCUUGCUGUUGCUCAACAUUUAGAUUCUUGGAGCUCUAAUUUAAUUGAACUUUUUACGGAUGGUAAUAGGAAGAGUAGUUCUACUAAUAUGAAUUCUGGUUGCGCAACAAUGGAUUCAUCACAAAUGAGUUUAUUUCAAGAAAAACUUUACAAUCGCUCUAGCCGUACACCAGAAUUAGUUGCUUUAGAAAUUAUCAUGACCACUUGUUCAAAAUGUCACAAUUGCGCAUGUUUAUUAUUUGAUGAAGAAAUUAUGUCUGGUUGGGUUCCAGAUGAUUCUAAUUUAAACACCAAAUGUAGACUAUGUAUGAAAGAAGUAGUACCAUUUUUGACAGUAGAUGUCAUUGACUAUCGAUCAAAAAAUAGUAAUGUAAUAGAUAAAAAUGACUGUCACAAUAAUCAAGAAAAUAUAGAUUUACUAACCGAACAUAAGGAAAGAGAAGUAGCAAAUAGUGGAUAUAAAGCUGAUACAAUAACGGUUCCUUUUUUAAAUCCUCUUGUUUUGCGUAAAGAACUCGAGUCUAUUUUGGUUGCCGAAGGUGAUAUUUCAUUAACUCACUCAAAGUUUGUCGAUGAACAUCCUAUAAUAUAUUGGAAUUUAGUUUGGGUGUUUGAAAGGAUAGCAGUUCCUUCUCAUAUUUCUGGAUUAUGUCUAAAUGCAAAUUGUAUACUGGGUGAUCGUGAUAUCAUUGAUUUUCAUACUAUUUGGUCAACUUGCGAUUGUUCUAAUAUAUUAAUUACAACUUUGUGGGAUAAUCCAAAACUAUAUGAUGAUUUAGGUUUACCUAUGUACGCGUUUUGGUCUGAUGAAGAGUCAAAAGAGAGUUGUUUGAUAAGUGCUUUGGUUACUGAUCGUAAUACUAUACCUAAAAAUGUGAUGUCAAAAAUUAUAUCAAACAUUCGGCAUAAUAAUCUAACCGAUCCACUCAAAAAACUAGCUAUUGAAAGAAAUAAGUUGCGAGGAAAUGAUUUAGCUCAUAGCCAUUCUUUAUACAGGGAUAUUUUAUUCUUAACCAUUACGGCUAUUGGUCGUGAAAACAUUGACAUAAGUGCUUUUGAUCAAGAGUAUUUUUUAGCUUUUGAAAGUGUAUCAGAAAGCGAUUCAAAAUUAUUGUUAAAAUGUGAUUACCCAUUAUCAAUUGGGAGUCAGUACUGUCGUCAUCUUUUUAAGGAACUCGAGCUUUCAAAUUACAAGUGAUAAUUUAACUACUUUAUGUAAAUCAUUUUUAUGUAUUAAUGUUAUCUGCUCAUAUUAAAUUAUUGAAGUUAUUAAUAAUGGAUGUAGUUUUAUCUACAGUCCUUUAUUGAAUAGUCAGUUAUUGAUUGACUUUAAAUAAUUGUUAGUUUAUGAAUUAUUUGUUAAUAAUUGUAUCAUGUAUUUAACUUUGUAGACAAGGUAUCUUUUUUUUUUUACGA